AUGGAUACCCAGCCACCCGUCUAUGUCUUCGAUGCGGCAAAGCCAUACGCCUCCCUGAAUCAGAGUUCUCUCAGUAGCUCUGUUGCUCGCAAUUUCUGGAGAUCGGCCCGCUGGUGCAUUGACGGGAGUGCUAUCUUGUCAACUACAGAGGACCGCGCGCUUCGAGUUCAUCAAUUGUCAGAAACGACUCCCGGGCAACUCACGACAGCAGCCUUUCCCCAACCAGAUAGCAUAGUGUCAUCUCUCUGGUUCCCACCAGCCACUCUGGCAUCACCGGAGACUUUUUGUUUUGCUGCGGCGAUUCGUGACAGCCCUUUGAAGCUCAUUGACGGUAUAACGGGAGUACACAGAGCUUCAUACCCUAUUGUGGACCAUCGCGAGCGAUUUGUUGCCCCCCAUUCUUUGGCAUUCAACACAUCGGCCACCAAGAUGUACUGUGGGUUUCAAUCCGCAAUUGAAAUAUUCGAUGUUGCCAAUCCAGGCCACGGAACUAGCGCUAGGCUCAAGACCUCUGCCAGCAAAGCGUCCAAAGACGGUCAAACAGGUAUCAUAUCUGCCCUCUCUUUCAACCCCGAUGGUAGCGGCCUCUUUGCCGCUGGUUCCUAUGAUGGAUCCGUUGCCCUCUAUCAAGAAGACGGCCGUGAAGCGGUGGGGUGGCUGGACGGCGUGGAGGGAGGGGGUGUGACCCAAUUGGGCUGGCAUCCUCUGAAUUCGGCUGUUGCGUUUGUGUCUUCACGGCGGUCAAGGGCUUUGCAAGUAUUUGACCUGAGAUAUCCGACGAAACCUCUCGCCCGGCUCGAUAGGGACGGGCAGACUAACCAGAGAAUCUGGUUUGACGUCGACCCUUGGGGGCGAUGGGUUGCUUCUGGGGACCAGGUGAGUGGUCCAUCGAAUAUAUUGCAUAGGGCUGACUCUCGCGAAGAAUGGAUAUGUACGAGUUUGGGAUAUCAAUGA